UGUUCAUUCUCUAUUGAAUCAUAUAAAAAAGGGCCCCCAAAUGGCACCGUCGGAUGUGCCAGUCACAGCAGCAGCAGGGGCAGCCGCCACAACGCCGAUCGUCAGCGAGCUCCAUGGCUCUCUGAUUGGCGAGCUCAGUGCCGCCGAGGGACAGCUGGCACCCACUCUCCGAGCUGUUUACGAAUCCAACACGGCUCAAGCAUUCAUGGUCAACCUCGACUCGUUCAUUGCGCGGACAACGACGGAGAUUGAGCGCAUGUGCAACCACCACUACCAAGGCUUUAUCGAAUCGGUCGAGGAGCUGCUCAAGGUGCGUGCAGACGCGGCGAAUCUGCGCGAGGCAAUCGCGCGAACGGACGAGGCCCUGCAGCGGAGCGGCCGGGAUUACCUGGAGCGCGCAGAGGAGCUGCGACAGCAUCGCAUCAUCCACAGGAACAUUGUUGCUGCCAUGGAGGCGCUCACGAGCUGUUUGCCGGCACUGCAGCUGUACGGCAAGGCGCACAUGCACUACGCGGCGCAUCGGUACUACCACGCCCUGACCGCCCUCACGCAGCUCGAAACACGGCACUUGCCAAAUAUCAGCCAGUACACGUUUGCCCGUGUGAUUGCGGACGGCAUCCCCGUCCUCCGUGCGUCCAUCAAAACGGCUGCGCUGUCCGAGCUCCAGGACUGGCUGGCGUCCAUCCGCCAGCGCUCACGCCUGUUGGGCUCUUCCGUGCUUGCGCAGCUGACCGAGUGGCAGCGCGUGAAUGGCCGAGGAGGCACCGGCACCGACGCCAGUGCGCUCUCGACGAGCACCUCCACAUCCUCCACCACCGAGAUGGAGCCGCUGUUUAUUGCAGCCCGGGCCGUCUCGACGGAGGAUCUCGCUGGCGACGGCAGCGCUUCGUCGUUGGCCACCGACACGGACGGGAGCGACAACCACAUUACUGUCGAUUUCACACCAGUGUACCAAUGCAUGCACGUCUACUCGGCGUUCCAGGCCGACGCAGAAUUCGAGGCCUACUACCGCCAAGCGCGCCGUCAGCAGGCCAAUCUCUUGUACCAGCCGCUCAUCGACGCGAACGCUGCGGCUGUGGCAAAUGCCGCCGUCGCUACCGCCGUCGCCGCUCCGCCGCCGCCAGCGCGUGACACGUUGAGCUUUUCUAAUCCGUUUGCCGCGUUCAGCAGCAACCCGUUCACCGCGUCGCCAUCAACGGCCUCCACCACCACCACCUCCACCACCACCGCCACCACCAGCAGCAGCAGCAGCAACAACAGCAACAACCCCUUCGGUAGUAGCUCGGCAGUAACGCCGUCCGCGUCACUGUCGCCCAGCACCUCUGUCAGCUCGUCCACGCGCAACCUCUCCAAUUUCUUUGAGCUCUUUAACGAAAUUGCUGGCUUUUUCAUCGUGGAAGAGACAGUCAUGACCACCACCCAAGGCCUGGUGACCCGUGGUCGAAUCGACGACAUGUGGGAAAUUGCCGUUGGCCAUAUGGCGGCGUUUCUGUCCACACAGUCCAAGUACACACGGUAUGCGCCCGUUCUCCUCGAAGCCAAGAACUAUGUCGUGCUCUUUUGCCACGCAGUGGCCCAGUACGGGUAUGUCACAACCCAGCUCCUCGCGACGCUCAGCGAAAUGCGGCAACGCUACGUCGAGCUCUUGCUCAUCGACUACUCGACGAGGUUUCGCAACAUUUUCCAAGAAGACAUUUACGAGCCCAUUGUUGUAUCGGACGAGCGCGAGUACGAGCGCUGGCUCGUCAUGUAUCCGCAGCGGCACGGCGACAUGGAUCGGGGAAACUUUCCUGCCAGUUUUCCCUUCUCGGCCUCGGUGCCGAAAAUUUACGCCGAGGUCAAGGACUUUGUCAAGGCCAUUCUGACGUUUGUAAAUGGGCUGGAGCUGUCCCACACCGACAUGGACGACGCUCUGCGUGACGCGACGAACGCUGUGCUCACCCGCACCCUGGCCGAUGCGCUCUCGUCGCUCAUCCGGCAGUCUUCGCUGAAUCUUCGCCAAUUGCUACAAAUAUCCGUCAACGCAACAUCGCUGGCAGACACCUUUGCGCAGAUUGAGCAUCACAUUUCGUCCAUCAUGCACACGACCGCUCCGAGUGCCGCAAAAAACGCCAAUGCCUCAGCCGCAACUCAGGCCCCAACCAAUCCCUUCACCAACGCCCCACUUGCUGCACAGACUGCCGGCACUGGUGGUAUUCAAGGCGUUGUCGUCUUCAAACAGGCGCGCAGCCGAGCAGAGGACUUGGUCUUUUCGAUGGUCAAAGCCAAGAUGGACGAUUUCAUCGAGCUUGCAGACUACAACUGGCUGCUGCUCGCCAAGCCCACUGCUGCGUCUGGCUACUUGGAGGACAUGCUCAGCUACCUCGAGACCAUGUUCCGGUCUGUGGAGUGCUUUCCCCCGGACCUCGCCCAUCUCACCUACUUUUGCGCAUGCAAUCAUCUCGCGCACAACCUGCACACGUUCAUCUUGAGCGAUAAUGUCAAACGAAUCAGCGCCUUUGCACUCGAGCAAUUUGAGCUGGACGUCGUUCGUUGCGAAAGUUUUGCCAUGUCCUGUCCCGUUCCGCAGCUCAAGGACAGCUUCUUGCCUUUGCGUCAGCUCGUGUCUCUCUUCACCCAGUGGGACUUUGAGGCGUACAUGAACGAUAGCCUGCGCGGUAUCAAGUACGGCUCGCUUCAAACUGCUCGUGUGAUCAAGUUGCUCGAAAAAGUUCGGGACGAUGAUUCCAAGUUUGCAAUCAAGAAAUCCUCGCGCACGAAAGAGAUUGACGGUUAUUUGAAAACCUUGCGCGGCAAUUCCACCGCCCAUUCCCCGAUACUACCAGAAAAAAGCUCUUAGAAUGGAUUGUUGCUGUUCAAUAUGGCCUUUGCAAUACAACUUUAUUCCGCGUUGCC